UCAAUUUGAAUCCAAGUGAUUCAUUUUUGUGGCAAGAUUGAAAAAGUAUGAUAGACAGAAAGAAACAUAGAUCGAUAGUCAAUUUGAAUCCAAGUGAUUCAUUUUUGGGCAAGAUUGAAAAAGAAUGAUAGACAGAAAGAAAAUUAAUGUACAGUAGUACUACUAUUUUAACUGAAGAUCCAAUGACGUGACUCUUCUAAACCUUCCUUCUCCAUUUUGUUGGCGCAAUUGCUUACAAAUUCCUUGAAAGGUCGUCCCCCAAUCACAUUCUUUUCUAUAAAUUAUUUUUUUUUAAAGAAUGGAGGACGGAGAUGAUUGGAUAGCUCGUGAUAAGUUUUACCACGUCCUUUUCUGCUUCUUCAUUGCUAUCAUUACCUCCUUUCUCGCGGAAAAAGCUCGUUACCCUUUCAUCCGCCGCCGGAGCAUCUGGGUCGGAUCCAUUGUCUCACUUGCUGCCGGUGCCGCUAAGGAGGUGGCCGACGAAUUAGGUUAUUUCAGGUCAGCAGGCGCAUCUACCAAGGACGCUGUCGCCGACGUCUUUGGUACUCUUACCGCUGCUCUCGCUCUUUCUCUCUACAAAUCAUCCUUCUUUCACCGCAGCCCUGAUCAAUCUGUUCAAGCUAAGGCACUCCAGAUGGUUUAGUCGGUUACUUGGUUUUAAUGGAAUUAUCUGAUUCGGUUACUUGGCGAGGAUUUCAAAGAUGACAGGAUAGUUGAAAAAAUUCUUGUGACAAUUCCCGAGAGAUUUGAAUCCAAAAUUUCCUCUCUGGAAGAGUCUAAAGAUCUCUCUACCAUCUAUGUUGCAGAAUUAAUAAGUGUUCUUCAAGCACAAGAGCAAAGAAGAGCCUUCAGACAAGACAAAGUUACUGAGGGUAUUUUUUAUGUGAAACACCAAAAAGAAAAAGUCAAUUAUCCUUAUUGCAAAAAGAAAACACACUUAGAGUUGGUGGAGACCUGAUGCGUUAUGUGGAAAUUGCAAACAAAAAGGUCAUGUUACAAAAGUGUGCAAGUUCAAAGAUGCUCAUGCACAAGCACUAAUAGCAGAAGAAAGAAUUGAGGAUGACCUUCUUUAGACUGCAGCAACAGAAGCAAGGAGGAGUGUUGGAUUUUACAUCUGUUACUGCUACUGUUUUCUAGAAUAAUUAGUUAUUUAGUUUUAGAAAGAGUCUGCUAGAAGAU